UCUUUUUGUCGAUCAUUUCAAUUGUGGAUUUUAAUUUUUCUUUUUCUUCUGAUUGUUGAUCGUUGAUUAAUUGUUGCACUUUUAAUUUUCGUUCUUUUAUCAUGUUGAUAGUUUUUCUUGCUCUUCUAUCAAUCUAUCAAGUUCUCCAGGUUUCAAUGAACACUGAUACUUGUAAUGAACAUGUUUGUGCCUCGAUUGUUAGUAAAUGUAUGUUAACCCAAUCAUGUAAAUGUGAUACAUUAAAUAAUUUAACUUGUUCAAAAGAUUGUUCAACAUGUUUGGAUUAUCUUUAUUCUGAAUGCUGUAGUUGCCUUGAAAUGUGUCCACCUCAAAAUUCAACGUAUAGCAUCUUGAGUACCAAAAGUCAUUUUGAAGCUCUUGACUCUCAAUCAGCUGAGCUUUUCACUGCUCUAACCAGAGAUGAAGAUCCUCUUGAACGUUGGGUUGCUUUCACUUUUCCAACACGAAAAAGUUUUAUCGUUCCCAGUGAAUCACAGGCAAAAGAAAUCGUUUCGGAUCCAAAAGUAAAAGUUACCAUGAAAACUGAUGGUCAAGAUACAGAAGAAGAUAUUCAGGCUAAUUGUACAGUCGCUUACUUAUCACAUUGUUUGUCUUGGAAUAAGUGUAAAUCAUCUUGUAGUUCAAUGGGUGCAAUUUCUUACCGAUGGUUUCAUGAUGGUUGCUGUGAAUGCGUUGGACCUUAUUGUAUUGAUUUCGGACUUGAUGAGUCCAAAUGUCUUCAUUGUCCGUUGAUUGGCAACAAGAAUGACGAACCAUCCGAAACAGCACCAAAUUCAGUUGUCAGUAGCUAAUGACUUGUAGAAAAGAAAAUGUAAAUACAACAAUUAUCUAAUCACAUGUGAAACCCAUGGAAAUGUACGAAUAAUGUACAAUAAUUUAUCUUUUUAUUCAACGAAAGGCCAAGCAACACAAAAAGACUAAGGAUUGUGAUUAAUUUACAGAGAAAUAGAGAGAUUGGAAUAUAAUCUCUCGCCAUUCAUAUCCCUCUCACUCAUUGAGCUCAAUGUAAAUAAGCCGAAAACAAAAAGUAAAUGUGUAACAUUUAAAACACCCACCAGUCAAAUAAACAAUAUACUUAAUUGUUAUAAUCCUAAA